AUGCUGAACUGGUCGGGACAACCGCUUGUCGGUUUUGGAGUAAAAGCCGAAGUGAGGGAGGCCCACGUCAAUGAACAGCGCGAAGCCAUCGUUGGAGCGUACUCAAAGAAAGUGCCCCAACGCUUGAAGACGGGCAAAUAA